ACCACAUCACAUACGUCGCUAAUUAGGCAGGGCGAGAGAAAGAGAGAGAGAGAAAAAGAGAGGGAGUGAAACAGAGCAAGAAAGAAAGAGUGCGAGAGCUGCAGUCAGUACUCAUUCGUCAGUGGACCGCGAUCAGUUCACAUCUCUCUUCUCAACACAUGCAGUCUCACAUAGUCUGAGACAGACAGAGACAGACAGACAGAUAUAACGGCUGAGAAGAAGACGCCGGCAGACGCUGAAGGAGGUCAAAGUUUUCACAGGGACUGAAGUGGCAUGGCUCAGGGCUCUGACAAUAACGACACCAGCUACACCAAAUCCCCCUCACCGGGCAAUAAACAGGGUUCGUCGGACGACGUAAGGAAAGUGAUGAGGAGAGAGAAGAACCGGAUCGCGGCGCAGAAGAGCCGAAUGAGACAAACGCAGAAAGCCGACAGUCUGCACCUGGAGAGCGAAAGCUUGGAGAAGGAGAACGCAGCUCUCAGGAAAGAGGUGAAAAGACUCACAGAAGAGGCCAAAUAUCUGUCCACUGUCCUGAGCAACCAUGAGCCGCUGUGCACGGGCCUGAGCGGGGCGUCCACGGAGCUGCUGUACGGAGCGCACCACGGCGCCUUCCACCAGCACAUCAGCGUGCCGCACUACCCGCUCUGACCGGCAGAGGCCGCCGGAGUUCCGCAUGGAAUCCGCCUAUGGGCGACAAUCAAUGAACUUUGGUUUGAGUCAUAAACCACAUAAACGGAGUCAUCAGCGGGCAUUUAAGUGAUCUUAAAAACAUCUAGAGAAAUAAAACAAAAGCCUCCAGAUGUAACGAUUUUUUGUGACAAUGAUAUAUGACAUUUUAUUUUUUUUCUUGUCUAAAGUAAAAUAAUCCCAGCUCCUUGAAAAAAACCUCAUGUCUGUAAAAUGCAAGCAUCUGUAGUGUUAAACGUCGGCUACUUGCAAUGGUGCAUGGCAAUGACACAAUGAAUGUUUUCAAUUUAGAUUUCAUUAGAAGCCAGUCUACUGAUUCAUAUGAUCAUUUAUUUUAUUCAAUUUCUGUGAAAUGUUAAAGAGAUGACUGGACUUCAUUCUAGGAAAAAUGAUGUUGAUUGUGUAUCCUGUUCACAGAUAAUAUGCGUGAAUGUUUUUCUAUUAUGACUCAUUUAAGAUGUUAAAUUGGUCAAACAUUCUGAAUGUACUUUAUACACAAUUCUAGCUGAUAAUUUUUAUUCUAAACCCUUUGGGAUAUUCUAAAGUUGUAUGAACUGGUGCGUUACCUUAUAUCUCAAAUGUGGAGAAAGAAAAAUUUGUAUCUGUGAUCCUCUGUGAUCACCUGUGGGAAAAAAAUUAAUAAAUAACAUGUAAAAUAUACAAAUUUCAUGGAUUUUAACAAAGCGGUCUCUCUGUUUUAUUCAUCAAGAACAAAUGCGUGAAGUAGCUAAUUUA